GUCUCACUGCCUCUGACCCUGCUUCCCCAUCUACCAGAUGUCAGGCAAGGUGGCCUUGGGCAGCGAUAUAGGGCAGGCCCGACGAGCGGUGGAGCAGCUGAGGAUGGAAGCAGGCAUAGACCGUGUAAAGGUGUCCAAAGCGGCUGCAGAGCUUCUGCAGUUCUGCACGGAGCAAGCCAAGAGCGACCCUUUCCUCGUGGGCAUCCCUGCGGCCACCAACCCUUUCAAAGAGAAGAAGCCUUGUGCCAUCCUGUGAGCUGGGGGGGGGAGGGAAACAGUGGAGGGCCCCAGAGCCCCACAGAGCCAGUAGUAGCCCCUGAGCAUCACUCCCAAGUGUGCUCAAUCCCAAGUGUCACU